CUCCCCUUUUAACACACCGGCCUCUUCUUUUCCCCUAUGAAAACCCUACCACAUGUCUUCACUCUUCAAUUGCAAAUGAAGCGUCUGGACUUCCAGCAGUUCCGUCGCCCCCUCUGCUCUAUAAAAACACAAAAGGGAGGGAUAAUGAGGAAGAUGAAGCGCAAGAAAGGAAUGAUUUUCGUUGAAGAAGCCUCGAGUUGUUUGUUGGAAUUUCAUCAACAGUUUGUAGAAGAGCUUAAUCAGCAUGGAAUAGAUGAGGCCGCCCCGAAAAAGAUCUUGGAGCUGAUGAUUAAUCCAGAUUUUACGAUUUUCGUCAGUGGAUCCACAAGGUUACAAUAUGCAAUUGGCAGAUUUAUAACUGUUGUAGAUAAUCCCCCGUCUCAUAAACGCCAAAAGGUCACAGGUGCCUUCAAUUUCAUGCUUAUUGAUUCAAUUUUGGUUCAAUUUCAUAUUACUUUUAUUUCUUAAAGGGUUGUUCAGACUAGAAGAAAAAAAGGCUCACCUACCAUUGGUGUUAAUCAAACUCUUUUAAAGAUUCUAUAGAGAGAAACUAAAGUUUUCAAUGGCGACGUCGAAGCUACAGCCGCCUCUCUGGAAUCACCCUGCUGGCCCCAAAACCAAUGUGUUGAACAAUUAAGUUUGAGUGGCAUCAACUUAGGGGGCGGCGUUUGGUUCGCGGAAUUAAAAUUUAAACAUUUUGGAAUUUUUUUUGUUGGAAUUGAAAUCUCAAUUCCAUUUUUGUUGUGUUUGGUUGUCAAAUGAAUUGGAAUCCAUCACCCCGACACCCACAACCCCUGCUUCGAGUCAAAACAGUACGGGUGGAAACAAUACGGUUCGAAACGGUUCGGGUUGAAACGGUGCAUACCAAGACGGUUCGCAUCGAAACGGUUCCCGGCAAAACGGUACGGGUCGAAACGGUUCGAUUUGAAACGGUACGGUCGAAACCGUUCGCGUCGAAACGGGCGUCAAAAUGGUUCGCGUCAAAAUGGUACGGGUCAUAACGGUACGAGUUGAAAUGAUUCGCAUAGAAACGGUUCGGAUCGAAACGGUAUGAGUUGAAACGGUGCGGGUCGAAAUCGUUCGAGUAGAAAUGGUUCGCGUAGAAAUGAGUGUUUUCAGUGAAUGAACUCAGCGAAAAGAAACUGUUUCAGCGGAUAAACAGCGAAUGAACUAUAAACCAAGUUCUGCGAAUUAACACUUCUGCGAUGGAUAUUUCUGCGCAAACGAAACAGUUCCCAAUGAACAAAUACUACAGAUCUAACUCAGCGGAUAAAGUUUGAAUAUGCAAUACACUCGACCGAAUGGACAAACUUUCAGCUUGUUUUAGCGCAAUUCCCAGCGAAUGAAUUUUUGAGUUUCGACUGAACUAACUUUUAGCGAAUGGUCAAACUUUCAGCAAAUGAAUCAACUCACUGAUUUACGAAUAAUCCAAAAUCAGAUUCGUUAUUAUUCGGACUUGCUUCAGUCUUGCGGAUUCGUGAAACAACUUCCAACUAUAAUCUGUGCAAACUGAUUUAAUUUGUUCUCGUAUUAACAGCUUCUAACAAAUGAACCAGAAUCUGCGGAUAAACGAACGGAAUUCUACAAUUGUAUAAGUCUGCAGAUGAACACCAUUUUCAGACUUGCGCGAAUAUAUGUGCGGAUCCGAAAUAUGUGUGUGUAUAACGGCGGAUGUACUGAGAUGAUUCAGCUAAUACAAACUGAUUCUGCAGCGUAUAAACAUAAAACAGGUCUGCUGAUUUGUGUUUGAACGUGCAGAUCUGUGCAGAAUGAAUUUUCAAGUGCAACAUCUGUCAUCAAAACACUUCUUGAUCUGUUCAAAUGUAGAAUUUCAGAUCCGCCUGAAUUACGAUCAAUAAGUGUUGAUUCGCUGCAAUUACUGAAAAACAAAUUCUGUGCGUAUCUAAACUGUAUCAGAUCCUGGAACCAGAUCCGUAACUGUUAAGUUGAUACGUAAUAUAAAACGAAAUGA